CAAUCUUUUAUGCUUUCAACACAAGUAUUUAACUCUUUUGCUCAAAGAUAAAGUAAUGGAAUAAUAAAAUUAUUGGCAUAUGGAGUCUUCUUUGGUGGAGCAUAUGGAUGUGCUUGGCAUUAAUGGAGAGGUGCUUAACAGAAAUAACUUUAUGAGAAGGUUGAAAGUGAAAUUACAGAAUGGAAACCAUUAACAAUAAAUGGUUUAAAUGCUUCAAGAUAUCCAUGGGCUCGUAAUAUUAGAGAUUGGGAAUUCAAAUUAGUGAAAUUAUAUGGAUAUUUCCGAGUACCUAUAAAAUAACUAAUGAUAGGAUGAAAGAUUUUUUGUUAGAAGAGAAAGAGAAGGUAGAGAUGGUUUUCUAGUGUUUGCUCCAUUUGUAACAGCAUUAUAAUUUAAUGAUACUGAAUAAGAUCCAGAAUAAACCACUAAAUCUUAAGUUAUGGUUAAUUUAGGUUGGGUACCAAAAGAUAAUAUAAGUGAUAUCUAAAUGGGAUAAGAACCUAUUGGUACAACUGUAUAGAUUUUUAAUUUAUAUUAAGACAUAUGAAAAUGUUCCUCAUAACGAGGAUGAUGAUUAAUUAACAGGAUUUAAUAGAAACAUAGCUAAUAUGGAAGAAGAUUAUUAAAUGCCUUUUGUAGAAUUUGUUGGUAUGGUCAGAAGAGGAGAAGAGGAAGAUAUUUUAAAAGGACGUCGUAAUUGGCCAAGAGAAGGAGUCUACAAUUACAUAGAUUUAUGGUUUAUGUCCAGAUUAUAUAGAUCUUUCAAUUUGGUAUAAAAUGUUUGAUGAUUUUAUCAUAGACUGAUUCCUCAUCUGCAUACAUUGAAAGAUUAGUAUAAGAAUACGAUGAAGAAUCUGCCAAUUUGUAUCCCAUCCCAGCAACUAAAGAUAAUUUCGAUAAGCCUUUACCAACACCAUAAACUCAUUAAGCUUAUUCAUUAUUUUUCGGGUUAUCAUCUAUAAUGUCUCUAGCCCUAUUAGCCAUUAGAAGAUGAAUAUCAAGAUUAAAUAUUAUACCAUAUUCCAAAAUAUAAGCAGU